UCUUUCCAGGCCUUUGGAGAUCACUGAUCUUUAAUAUUUAAACAUAUUUUCUGCUAUCGUUUCUUUAAUAUAUUUCCAAAUGUUCCUUCUAUGAAACUUAAAGAUAAAUAUUCUGUAUUUUCAAGACAUAUAUGAAGCGCUGGGAAUAGUUUUUGUGUUGGUUUGCCAGUAUCGUCUCAUAGAAACCUGCAACACGAGAAGCGCUGAUGUAAUUUCCGCUCACGUGAACUCGGCACUGCCUCACCCAACAGCUGGAACAUUUUUAUGUCUCUUUUCUUGGCUCUGCAUCCCUGAGAUAAACACAAACACAUUUCAUACACUCCUGCAGACCAUCGUGCUGUCCUUUGCACUUGUAAGUUUAACGAGUAAUGUUUCAUAAUGUCUGAUAUGUACCAUUUAUUUUUCUCAAGUAUGAGUUUGAUGCUUCAGCUGUGCAAUACAGUUGCACUGACAUGAAUACAAUGACAUCAUGGUGAAAACAUUUUCUGGCAGUGUACUUGCUUAAACAGGGCGGAUGUUGUGGACUGUGGCUGCACGUUACUCUGCAGUGCUUCUCUCAGAUACUUAUCUCAAGCCGAUACUGGAAGGUCAUGUAGGAACGCCUGUGUUCUCACAUACAGAGAAAGGACUUUGAUGGUGAUUGGCUCAUAAUUUCUAAACUGUGACCAACAUGCUCCAGAUGUGUGUGUUCCUCUGUUUGCUGUCAGUUGUCGUCCCCCAGUCAACAAAUUCCUCAUCCAAGAAAGGUCGCAACAUCACAAUCCACUCCUCCCAGCUGGUUUGCAGUCUGCCAGGUCCAGUGGGGCCUGCGGGGAACCCAGGAGCCCAUGGAUCACCAGGGGCCAUGGGUCCCAUGGGGCCGCCUGGGAAGGAUGGGCCUGAUGGGAAGGAUGGAGAAAAGGCAGAAAAGGGAGCUAGAGGGGAUCCAGGAAGGACUGGGAACCCAGGGAAACCUGGUUUAAAAGGCCGGGAAGGUUUUAUCGGCAAGGCUGGACCCCGUGGUCUGAAGGGGCUUCGUGGAACACCAGGGCUGGCUGGAAAACGGGGACCAAAGGGAGAGCUGGGUGACGUGGGCCAGGAAGGGGCCCCUGGAGGCUGCAACUGUGAUAGAGCGGCCCGUUCAGCCUUCUCCGUGGCCAUGACAAAGAGCUACCCCAAAGAGCGAUUGCCCAUCCGCUUCAGCCGGAUCCUGCUGAACGAAGGAAAUCACUACAAUGUCAGCAGUGGGAAAUUUGUCUGCAUUAUCCCUGGAGUCUAUUAUUUCACUUAUGAUAUCACUUUGGCAAGUAAACACCUGGCCAUCGGGCUGGUGCACAAUGGACAAUACAAGAUCAAGACUUUUGAUGCAAACACAGGAAACCACGAUGUGGCAUCUGGCUCUACGGUUCUCCACCUGCUGCAGGGAGACCAGGUCUGGCUGCAGAUCUUCUACUCAGAACAGAACGGACUCUUCUUUGACCCUUUCUGGACAGAUAGCACCUUCACUGGCUUUCUAAUCUAUGCGGACCAGGACUUUCUCAAUAAAGCUGACAGCAAAGCAAAUGCUAAGGAUGACAGUUAACCCUGUAAACCUGAAAAAUCUUUACUUUUAUUUCAUAAUGGACUGUUUUUAUUGACUUUAUUUCUAUUUUGGAAAAUAGGUCCCCUGCUGAAGGUCUCAGUGAAGUGUUGAAGUUUUGUUCUGACACUAGGGGGCACACGAGGACAGAGGAAACGCAACUACGUUUGGGAAACCACUAAGCAAUGACGUAUCACUCGUGAAAUCACAAUUCUGACAAAAGAUCUUUUCACAAAUUAAUCCAAGAAGUAACUUGAUUAUUAAAAAAUGCUUUUUUCAUUAGAUUAAUGCAGUUUACAGGAGCUGUGAAACUGCCAAGAGUUUUAAUGGUGGCACAGAACAGAAAGUCUGUGGUGCAGCCAUGUUUUAAAUCACAAGAAUAAAACUAAAAUCAGUUAAAUGUUUAUAUCCUGGUCUCGGGGGAAACCUGAGCAUAACUGAAAGAUGGCUUCUCCUGUUCCCCAAUGCCAAGGAUUUCCAGUCCAACGACAGUUUGCAGUCCAACAAAAUGAAUUUAUUCAUUAUUUGGAUACUUGGAUACUUACGAUUCUGUGUCACAUUUGUGGAAGCAGGAGGGUUGUGACAAAAUCAUUCUCCUACUUUACAAUAUUCCACUCAGAUAAGAAUCAAUCAUUGCAUGACAUGAGAAAUGGUAAAUAUAUCGUUUUGGUCUUAUUUUAUUCUGUUUGUAGUUGUUACCUUCCUUUCUGCAUUUUAUUCCCUUUCAUUUCAUAGCCAGUCUAGUAAAAAGAGUGUGGUCGGGUUGAGGUCCAUUUAGUUGAUGAUCCCUAGCAUUAAUCAAUCAAUCUGUCAAAUGUUUCCCACAGGUGCUUGGUAUUGUAUGGUAAAAACUAUUGAUAGUUUAGGUCCCAAGUAAAAAACUAAAUGAAAACAGGAUAAAAACCUACAACAGUAAUAGUAAAAAUGAAAA